AUGUGGUGCGAGUACGAGCAAGAGCCCGGCGUCUGGGGGCCUCCCAACCCUACCCAUAUCCCGGCCACCGCGUCCCGGCCGCCCGCUGUGCCCCCUGCCGGCCAGGCGGCGGCGGCGGCGGCGGCGGCUGGACGGGGCUUUGGGAGGGUUUCGGGAAAGUCGCAAGCUCCAGCGAAAUCUGUGACUCCUUCUCCGCGUCUUUCUUCGCCUUCUCCUCGCUCCCUCGGUGCUGGGCGCCGGGCACCGGGCAGCUAUGAGACCUACGGAGUGGAACCCCGCGAGGCUUCUCCUGUAGGGCGUGUGAUGAGGAGGAGAGUUUGGCUUUGGAGUGCUCGGAACCAGAGGAAGUGCCGAGGACUCGGAGCCCAGCCCUGACCGUGAGAGAGCCCCCACACAAUGA